GCCAGUCUACCUUCAGCCCCAGGACCUGCGUGUGUUGAGCGCCAGCUCGAGGCAUCUCACUGUGUCGGUGCAGGCCUCCUAUCUCCAGGCUACCCUCUCUGUCGUCCAUGCUCCCCACUCUGGCUAUCCUGCCGCCCAUAUCGCUGACUUCUGGAAGUCCCUCGGGCGUAAGUUUGCCAGGCACCCACCCGACUUUGCAUGUGUCGAUGCCAAUGCUAGGUUAGGCUCUGAGCUUUCUCAAUGGGUGGGCCAGGAGGGCAAGGUUGAGGUCCAGGACAAGCCAGGAGAACAUAUGCACGAGCUCCUGUCAGAGUGUGAGCUCACUGCCACCAGCACGGUGAUUUCUAGCGACCCGUCCCAGGGUACCUGGCAGGCCCCCCAGACCUCUGAGCACGAAGACGCUGGGUGGCACCGCAUUGACUAUGUUCUGUGCGGACUUGCUCACACCCCGCAUCUGGCAGGAGUCCACGUGGACAAGUGUUUUGACAAUGUGUCGUCUCAAACGGACCACCUCCCUGUGAUUGCGGACUUUGCUUGGAAGCAGAACUGCUCGGUUCCUAGGCACAUCACUCCCGUCUGUUUCAAAGUUGCCAUCUGUGGCCGUGAGCCCCUGGGGUUCAAAGAUGCCAGGGUGUGCUAUUUCUACAAGGGGUCAGGGGACAUGGGCACCAAGAAG